AUGAACAACAAUCAGCAUCAUUUCACAGUACCAUUGGUGGGCUUACUGUGCUGCUGUGUCCUCUUCACCACACUGGGUCAACCGGUCACCUCGAAAUCGCUGGUCAUUGAUGCUGCGCCCUCUGUGGUCUCCUAUCAGGGUUCCUCACAAUCCUAUGCCCAUUUGGUAAUAUCACCGCGAGGUCGAGCUCUGGGUUAUGUGGCACCCACAAAUCUCAAUCACACCGUCCAUCACACGGAGAAGGUGAAGGAAAGUUUGGAUUUUUUGGAUAUACGACCGGUCUACAAUAACCAUAACAAUUAGUU